AGCAUAAACUAACAGGUCUGUGCAUAUUAACCAGAACCCCACAAAAGAGUAGAUGUUUCACACGAGUCGAUGGCUCGGUUACUAUUGGUGCUGAAGAGCAAAAAAGCUUACUUCAUAUGUUUCACUUGUUUGGUUAUUUUUUUAUUCGUUUUGUUUUUGAAAUACGCCCUAGAUAGUACAUCAGAAAUUAUGCCCCAGAAGCCACCUGAACAUACGUUAUGUGUACUUGUGCCAUUUCGAGAUGUUUUCGAAGAAUUACUCGAAUUUAUACCUCAUAUGAAUGAAUUUUUAAACCGUCAAAAGAUCAAUUUUCAUUUCAUCAUUAUCAAUCAAGCAACAGAUGGACAUCGGUUCAAUAGAGGUUCAGUGUUCAACGCCGGAUUUGAACUCAUCUCGAAAAAACAUUCGGAAUGCGAUUACGUAGCUCUUCAUGAUAUCGAUUUAUUGCCUUUGAAUGACGAAAUACCUUACACUUAUCCUGGUGAUGAUUACUAUCAUGUGGCAAGUUGCAUACUUCAUCCUACAGCAGCACAUUGUAAUAAUGAUCAAUAUGUCGGUGGAGUUGGAUUGAUAUCGAACAAACAGUACAUUCAUGUGAACGGCUUCAGCAAUAAUUUUUGGGGCUGGGGAGCCGAAGACAGAAAUUUUUACUUUCGUUUGAAGCAAUAUUCCAUUCCAAUAAGACGUCCAUUUAACCUCAGCACAGAUAGAAACAAUACAUUCAGACACAUUCACUCUACCGAUCGUUUAAGAGAUUAUGUGUUAUGCCCCUCAUUAGUACUCAGCAGGAACAAUUUAUCCCGUAAUGAGUUUGAAUCGGGAUUAUCUGAUUUAAAUUAUAAGCUUGUAUCUGAGCGUUCGUUUAAAAUGAAUGAUAUCCGGUUCACAAUGUAUAGCAUCAAAGUAUCCUGUGAUUAUUCAAAAACUCCAUGGUGUAGCCCCGAGUGUUGAAAAUGAUUGGCUCAAGCUGUGAGUAGAUAGUAAUUGAUUUUUAAGAAUAACUUAUUUUCAAGGAGUUGAAUAAGUCACAUAUUUGAACACUCAUUCCGUAUCAACUCAAUAAAAUUUUUUUUGAA